AAUAAAAAACAGCAGUCGUGGAUACCCACGGUGAUUUAAUAGAGCCAACAGCGUCCGUGCCAAAGUGUCCCACCAAUACCACACCGCCGUAUCAGAGGCUUACCAAAGCUCUGCAAUGCGAUCCAAGAUGCGGACACGAGGUAACCGUUGGCCGACGCAUUGGUCUCUACAGAUUUUGUGGCGAUAUAGGACGUGGCAAUUUUUCCAAAGUCAAAUUAGCUGUACACCAGCUAACACGAGACAAAGUUGCCAUCAAAGUAGUUGACCGAGCUGGACUGGAUGCCAAAGCAUUGCGUAUGCUUUCAAGUGAAAUUGCCACACUUGAAUGUGUUCAUCAUCCUAAUAUUUUAAGGCUUUUUGAGGUAGUCGAAACGCUGGGUCGUGUCUAUCUAGUCACCGAAUGGAUUCGUGGUGGUGAAUUAUACAAUCAUAUUACCCAAGGUGGUCCAUUACGUGAAAUUCAUGCAGCUCCCCUCUUUAAACAAUUGUUAUUGGCUGUGAAACAUAUGCACAGUUUGGGUUUUGUUCAUCGUGACAUAAAGGCCGAAAAUGUUCUGCUCCUGUCAGAGGAUCGCCUAAAGUUGGCUGACUUUGGUUUUAGCACACAAUUACUUAAUGGCCCCAAUCAAAAACUUGAUACAUUCUGUGGUUCGCCACCCUAUGCUGCACCAGAAUUAUUUUCGGAUGACCACUAUAUUGGAGCUCCCGUUGAUGUAUGGGCAUUGGGUAUAUUAUUGUAUUUUAUGGUGGUGGGCAAUAUGCCAUUUCGGGCCCCCACAAUACCGGGACUGAAGGCAGCCAUACUCAAAGGAGACUAUCUCUUGCCGGGUCAACUGAGUCUGCCAUGUAUAAGACUAAUACAACGUAUUUUAAUCCAUAUCCCAAUACGUCGACCCACCAUCGAUGACAUGCUGAACAGUCAAUUUAUAACCCAUCCAAAACUUAGUGCCGAACUGAUGCAACACGAAAUUAAUUUACGCACCAAAUCUGCCAAACGUUCCGGCUUUUGGGUGCGUUCCAAAUCGCGACGCAUGCGCAAACAAUAUUCGCUGCGCGAACGCUACAUGGAGUUAACCAAUAAACCGCCAAUAAAUAUGAACACAAAACGCACAGACGGAUUUUUCGUCGAUAAUUUCCUACAACCCAUAGAAUUGGCCAAAGAUUUACCCCUGGAACCGAUUAAAGAGCAGUCACGCAGUAAUACCCCCAAGCGAUCAUUUUUAUGUGGCACCCUAAAGAAGAAAGUCGGUCCCAUGGAAACGGAAAAUGAAAGACAGCUCAAUAAUGGCACACUGGGUCAACAGAAAUUACAAUGGAAUAAUAUUUUGGCUGCAGUACCUCCCGAAUGUCCACUCUUUAAGAAUUAUGAUAAUGAAACCGGGCCAUGUAUUAUGUUUCCCACAGAUACGGAGGAUAUGAGUAAGUUAACACCCCUCGAACAGGAGGCUCGACAAAUUCUCGAAGAGUUGGGCAUAACAACGGAAAUGCUGAUGCAGGCUGCUCAGAAUGGUCCACGAAGUGAUAUCAUUGGUGCCUAUCGCAUUGUCAUCAAUCGUUUGCAGAAACAGUCGUGGUUGGCCCGAAAACAUGUCGAAAUGGCCCUGCAAGAAAUGCCCAAAACGGAAAAGAAAAUUGAACGCUCCUGCUGCAUACUGUAA